UCGCGCCAUAACGUGUGUGUUUCACUUUGAGUGUGCAAGCGGACGCACACAUUUUUCGCCGGGACAAUGUCAAGAGUAUACAUUGGAAGAUUGAGCUAUAGAGCAAGAGAAAAGGACGUCGAAAAGUUCUUCAAGGGAUAUGGGAAGAUACUGGAAGUGGAUCUUAAAAACGGGUAUGGGUUCGUUGAGUUCGAUGACCCCCGUGAUGCAGAUGAUGCCGUGUAUGACCUGAAUGGCAAAGACCUGUGUGGGGAGCGAGUGAUAGUCGAGCACACCAAGGGCCCGCGUCGUGACGGCAGUUAUGGUGGUGGUGGAGGAGGGGGAGGAGGAGGAGGUGGUGGUGGUGGUGGUGGUGGUGGGUAUGGGCGCGGGGGAAGAGACAGGUAUGGCCCUCCUGCUAGGACAGACUACCGCCUGAUUGUGGAAAACCUCUCCAGUCGCUGCAGCUGGCAGGAUCUUAAGGAUUACAUGAGGCAGGCUGGCGAGGUGACCUAUGCCGAUACCAAUAAGGGUCGCAGAAACGAGGGAGUGAUUGAGUUCAGGCUUUACUCUGACAUGAAGAGGGCUCUGGAGAAGCUGGAUGGUACUGAGGUCAAUGGCAGGAAGAUCCGCCUGAUUGAAGACCGCCCCGGUGCCCGGCGCUCUCGUCGCUCCUACUCCCGCAGUCACAGCCGCUCCAGGUCUCGCUCCAGGAGCCGCAGAUCCCGUAAGAGCCGCAGCCGCAGCGAGAGCAGCAGCCGCAGUCGCUCCCGCUCCAGGGCUGCUUCGCGUUCUCGCAGUCGCUCCAACAGCAAAAAGAACAAGAGCAAGGGCCGGAAGGAGGAGGAGGAGCGCAGUAACGGCGCCCACAAGGUCAAGGAGGGGCGGCCUCGUGACGAGGGCCGCAGCCGCAGCAGGAGCCACAGCCCCAAGAACAAGAAGAUCAAGAAGGAAGUGAAGAGGGGCAGGAAGGAUGAGUCCCGCUCCAGGUCUAGGUCUCGCUCUCGUUCCAGGUCCCGUUCCAGGUCAGGGGUCAAGGAUCGCUCAAGGAAAUCUGACUCCAAGAGUAAGAGCCGGGAGCCGGUCAAGAGCGACGAAGAAGGCGGCGCCGUUGAGAGGGCGUCGUCCCGUUCUCGUUCCCGCACCCCAGUCGAGUCCAAACCCAAGUCCAAGUCCAAAUCUCCUUCACCCUCACCUGCCAAAGCUCGCUCUCGGUCACCUUCCGCCUCACGUUCAGAAUCCCGCUCCAAGUCUCGCUCUGCGUCUCGUUCUCGAUCUCGUUCCCGAUCUCAGUCCUGAGGUGAAAUGUUAUGACCCCUCUACCCGUCUUGAGCCCCUCACCCCUUGUCUUUCUUUUUUAUAUAUAUAUAUAUGAAUCCAGUAGUGAUAGAAUUAAAAAAAUGUGUCUUUAAUACACAUGCUUCCCCAUCUUUUUUUUUUUUUUAUAUAUAUAUAUUAUUUUCUUUCCCCCCCAGUAGUGUCCUCUUGUAUUUAGAGACAUUUGUAAAAUAUGUGGUAGGUCUAAGAAAAAAAUGCCUGGAUAGACUUUUAUAAGUUGUAAUGGACUGUUGUAGUGGGUGUCUUAACAUUUGUAUUACAUGCAUACAUAGUGUGCUGUCAAUGUGCUGAGUGUGAUUUGUUUUAUUCUGUCUUUUGAUCCUCGUGGAAUUCCUUUUUAACAGUUAAUUUGAAAAUAAAAAACCCUGAUAUGGAAUGAA